AUGUCCACACUACCAGACGUCUUCGCCGACCUAGACGAUUCCCAACUCGUUGCCGACGCUAAGAAAGACAAGCCCGAAGAUCACGAGUUCAGCUACACCGAACGCGAUGUCAUUCUCUACAACCUUGGCGUCGGCGCGACAGCUAAAGACCUGCAAUGGACUUAUGAAAGCCACGAGGAGUUUGGGGCACUUCCAACGUUUGGAGUGAUCCCGCAAUUUGCAGCCAGUUCUGGUAUUUCACUAGGCUGGCUGCCGAACUUCAAUCCUGUGAGGCACCCUGAUAGAAUUCAAUGUACUCCCGGGAACCUAAUAACGAGUCAGGCUAAGCUUCUUCAUGGGGAACAGUAUCUGGCUAUCAAAAGCCCUAUACCCACAGAGGGAAACUUUGUAAAUGAAACCAGGCUCUUGGAAGUCCUGGACAAGGGCAAGGCUGCUUCGGUCACCACCAUAGUGUACACGAAGGAUGUAGCCACAGGUAAUGUGAUCUUCGAAAACCAAAUAACGGUCUUCAUUCGAGGGGCCGGCGGCUUCGGUGGCAAACGUUCUGGCAGAGAUCGAGGCGCUGCAACAGCCGUAAAUACACCCCCAAAUCGUCAACCUGAUGCUGUGAUCGAAGAGAAGACGAGCGCCUCGCAAGCUGCACUUUACAGACUAAGUGGUGACUAUAAUCCUUUACACAUUGAUCCUAGCUUCGCGGCAAUUGGCGGGUUCGAUCAACCCAUUCUUCAUGGUCUAUGCUUCAUGGGGAUCGCAGCAAAGCAUGUUCUACAAUCUUUUGGUGCCUACAAGGAUAUUAAAGUUCGUUUCUCCGGCGUGGUAUUCCCUGGUGAGACGCUUGUCACAGAGAUGUGGAAGACAGAUAACAAAGUAAUAUUCUGUGUUGACGUCGAGCCUUCUUUCACAGCCGCCAAGACAAAGGAGCGAGGAACCACAGUGCUGGCCGCAGCCGCAGUGACACUUAUCGAUACCGAUCUGAUGGCGAAGCUUUAA